AUGCCUCAAAGUCGGAGCCAAGUCAUAUACGCGCCCUCGCAAGAACCACCUCGAGGCGCGCAGUCCGUCUUUUUUGCCGGCACCACGAGCAAAGUCGAUUCGACAGACUGGCGGGAUACGCUCGCUGCCCUGCUCUCCGCGCAUCCCAUCACAAUCUACAAUCCAUACCGUGCAGACUGGGACAGCACGUGGCGGGAAGACGUCGACUUUGCGCCCUACCGCGAGCAGGUGGAGUGGGAGCUCGACAAGCAGGAAAAGGCCGACACGGUGAUUGUCUACUUUCACCCGGCCACGCAGGCGCCCAUCAGUCUGCUCGAGUUUGGUAUGAGUGCAAGAACACCAGGCAAAAUGAUUGUGCUGUGUCCCGAGGGCUACUGGAAGCGAGGCAACGUGCAGAUUGUGUGCCAGAAAUAUGGCAUCGAGAUGGUGCGGAGUAUUGAGGAGCUUGGCAACGCUAUUGUGAAGCGAUUGCUUGGUAAUGCGUGA